UUAUAACACCUGUAAAACUUCAAAUAGAAAACACAAGUAGAUGUUUAACCAAUCAAUUAUCAUCAUUUUAACCUUAUAUAAAAAGUAAAACUGAAUUCUUGCACAUUAUUGUUUGCUUGUCAACAUGGAAUAUCAACGUCACUACCAGCCAACCUUUACACAUCUUAACAAUGUGAGAAGUAACAACCAGAUAAUGCAUCAAUACCAGCCAACUUAUUCUCUGCCAACUAGUAGUAGAUCAACAAGUCAUAUGUCAUACCAGCAAAAUACGAUGCUAAAUCCUUCCUCUCAAGACAUAACUAUGGCCACACUACAGAACUUUAAUACACAAUCUGACAGAGGAGAUCAGCCACCAAAAUGUGAUCUAAGAUGCAAGUGCUGUGCUGUACAAAUGGCUUUUGGACUAGUGUGUGCCUGUAAUCUGACCAAAGAAAGUGUUGGUACACAGACUGAUAUUUUAGUUCUCAACAUGACUACUGAAGACUACUUCAAACCAAAGACAACUGCCUUUAAGCUAUUACAGAACCAGAUAACCAGUGUCCUCCAUACAACCAAACUGAGCAGCACAUCUGACAAAACUUUUGAGGACAGUGUUUCGGAAGUUAUCAACUUCAUUAAUGAUCUACCAGAUACACCUAGAACCAGAGAAAAAGUUAGAACAAGGUUCAGAAAAAGAAUGUACAACCAAAAGGGAUAUAAAAAAAACCAAAGAGUUAGCCAUAGCAACUGGCGGAAGUGUUAGAAAAUUGCAGUGGAAGAAAGCCAGAGAGGCAGUAAUACCACCAAAACAACCCAGGGCAUCCUUCAAACAAAGGAAUAUUUCAAUUGUGA